AUGUCAACAUCCAUUCAAUCUCACCCACCACUGACAUCGUCUUCAUCAUCUUCGUCUCGCUCUCAAGCUCCUAUCACCCUGGCUGAACCUAUCUCAACGACCAUAACUCCAACGCGUCAAGGUAAUCUACCACCUUCAUACGCCUCCAUCCCUCUUUCACCACGUCCCAAUUCAAUUGUCAAUCGUCACGAGGAGAAACUGGCUUUGAGGGAUGCUCGACACCUUGUUGAGGAGGAGGUGGAAUACAACAGAGGUCAUUUAUCACCUGGUAGGAUAGGUCCAAUGAGCCAUGUUCCAAUCAAAAGUAACAGUAAUAGCUCAGGUAGUGUUAGUCCUGGUCUUGGUCCAGCUGUACCUUCUAGCGGAGUGGGAGUUGGAACGACUUCGGAUGGUAUAUCGAAUGGAAGUGAACAUACCAACGGUAGUGAUACCGAUGAUCUGGAAAUUGGACAUAGAGGAUAUUUACCUCUUGGAUUAGAUGUUAGAGACGCAUUGGCGAAAUGUGAAGAUCCAACGUUAGGUUGGAGUCUGCAAUUUUGGGUCACUAUUGCUGAUCCUUUGACCCAACAUGUCUUCUUCGCUUGUCCUGCCUCUGGUCAAUGUAGUUGGGAUCCACCCGUAGGAGCAUUUGUCGUACCACGAUCACCUGAUGGAGAAUGGUGGGAACUCGCAGAUGCUACCAGAGGUAAUAGAAGUUAUUACUAUAAUACGUUGACUGGGAAGACUCAGUGGACAAGACCUGGAGGUAAUGCUUUUGUGAUCCCACUUGGGUUGAUACAGCGAGCUGCACUACCUAAUCGACCCACUGCUCAAUCCCCCUCAUCAUCCUCAAAUCCUUCAUCAUCGCGGAUAAUCCCUACUACACCUUCGCGAUCAAAUAGACAGAAUCGAUCGUCCAACCUAUUCUCACCCAAUUCGAACUCAGUUCAAUCACCUUCCACUCCAGGAACGAACAAAGCGUAUCCUCGACCACCCUAUUCACCUCUGAACAGUAUCCCACGUCCUAUACACUCACCGUCAAAAUCAAAUCGCUCAUCUUCACUCACACCUAGUUCAUCUUACGGUAAUGGGGAUGGUGCCUCUCAUUCGCAAACAUUAGAAGCUAUAGUCUUGGGUCACUUCACUUCACCCAACUCCUAUACUGCUUCGGCCAAUGCUAAUGGGAGUGACAGCAAUUUGAUGGGUGAUGGAUUGAAAACGAACACGAAUAUAAUCUCGCAUAACACUUCGAAUUCAUUAUCUUCCAAUCCGAUAAGUUUCACCGACAGCUCACAGUUGAGUGUAGUAGAAGAGGGAUCAGGUAAUGAGACUGAUAUGUCGGAUUUCACUACUCCCGGAUCAGCAGGUGGAGGAUGGUGGGAAAAGAGGAGAUCACAGGUCUUAACUGUGAAGACUGGAUUCAAGAGUCCCGGUAGGAAAUUUAAAGGAUUGAGUUUGGGCUUGGGGGAGGGUAGUCCCAGUUCUAGUGAUGGGAUUGCAAACUCAUUAGCUAGAGGAUCACCUCUCAAGAAAUCCCGAACGACCAUCACAGGACCGAUCAUCGAAUCGAAUGAGUCCAAUUCCGAUACUCAGGGAACAGGAACGGAUACACCGACCGAGUUGACCGUCAUGAAUGGUGUGAAUGGCACGAAUGGAAGUACUACUCCUGGAUUACCUAAGAUGCCCGCCGAGCCGAUUUAUGUGGAACAGCCUGGAAGUGUUAAGACCAAAAGGUUGUCUACGGGACUGCAUCCCCUCCUCCCCUCAGAGAUUAGCAGCGACAUCUUAGCAUUUCAAACGGACGAUUUCGCUCGGAAAUAUUUCGCAACUAAGCGAUCUGGAAUUAUGAGACAGAAAGUACCUGUUGAACGAAUUCUCAACUGGCAGAAAAACCCUAUAACAUCACCUCUACUGGUCUUAUCUAAACAUUUGGCUAAAGAUGCUAUGACUACGUUCAAAGUGAUUCAACACGUCAUGGGAGAAAGGCAUAAACCGGUGGAUGGCGCCAAACCGUUUUUAUCUAGUAGUUCGCAUUUGAACUUGGCGAGUCUAGCGUUAAAUGGAAGGAAAGAUGAUAAAGGUCAUCCGGACAGGAAUGGAAGAUUGGCUAAUGGAUUUGCAUCUCACAACGAACCUGACUAUAAUGGCUCCGAAGCAAUGGGAGGAACAGCGGGAGGACCGAGCAAAAAUGAUAAGAUGCAAGUGUUAGAGGAGAUUAGAUGGAUGAUUCAACUUUCUGUGGCGUCCAGUGAGAUGAGGGAUGAAGUUUACUGUCAAUUGAUUAAACAGUUGACCAAGAAUCCUAAUCAUGACGCUGUCGUGUUGGGUUUCCAACUUUUCUGCGUACUCGUCAAUGCUUUUGGACCAAGUAAGAACUUCGAACCGUUCGUCAAGAAUUUCCUGAGGAUCAAUUCGGCUGAAAAAGCAGAUGGGAUAGGAAUUAUGUCCAAGUAUUGUAUUGGUAAACUCGAAGUGCUCGCUGCAAAAGGUGGAAGAGGCAAAGCUUUGACUGUAGGAGAAAUCGAGCAUGCCAGUGACGCGGCGUUCUACCCAUCGGUAUACGGCGAAUCUCUCGAUCGGAUAAUGGAUUUACAGAAACGUGCCUAUCCAACAUUGAAAGUACCUGUGAUAUUACCUUUUUUGGCCGAUGGGAUAUUGGCUUUGGGCGGAUUGCAAGCUGAAGGUAUAUUCAGAGUACCGGGUGAUGGAGAUAGUGUGAAUGAGUUGAAGAGUAGGAUGGAUAGGGGUCAUUAUCAAUUGAAAGGUAUAGAUGAUCCUCAUGUCGCAUCGUCGUUGUUCAAAUUAUGGUUACGCGAAUUAGAGGAUCCUAUCAUCCCUUCGAAUCUUUACAACGAUGCGUUAUCAGCUUCGAAAACACCCGAAGAAUCGAUCGAUUUCUUGACCAGAUUACCUGUAUAUAACCGAAGGGUACUGUUAUUUGUGAUGAGCUUUAUUCAACUGUUCAUGAAAGAAGAUGUGGUAAAAGUGACCAAGAUGACUCCGGGUAAUCUGGCUCUGGUGAUGGCGCCUAACAUCUUACGAACGACUUCCAACUCACUUAUAACAGUAUUCACCAACUCAUCAUUCGAGUCGAAAUUCAUCUUGCAACUUUUAGAAAAUCUAGAUACGGCUAGGGUGGAUGAGGAUUACGUACCUAGUCACGGACAACCUAUCGGUAGGGUUUGA